AGAAUGAGGGCUGCUGAUUGUCUGUUGGCUCUGGCAUUCCUGCCGCUCGUCUUUGCCGCCCGUCCGGACAUCUGUAGCGCCAAGCCCAGAGACCUUCCCCUGGAGCCGCGCUGCAUCUACCGCAGCCCCGACCCCGAGGACCCCGAGGUCCUGACCCCGGAGCCGGAGGUGGUCCCCGAAUCCACCAACCCCCGAGUGUGGGAGCUGUCGAAGGCCAACGGCCGCUUCGCCCUGUCGCUGUACAAACAGCUGGCCCUCAGCAAGACCCCCGACUCCAACAUCUUCAUGUCCCCCAUCAGCAUCUCCACCGCGUUCGCCAUGACCAAACUGGGAGCCUGCAACCGGACACUGGAGCAGAUCAUGAAGGUGUUUGAGUUCGACACCAUCAAAGAGAAGACGUCAGAUCAGGUCCACUUCUUCUUCGCCAAACUCAACUGUCGUCUGUACAGGAAGAAGGACAAGACCACGGAGCUGAUCUCCGCUAACCGGCUGUUCGGAGACAAAUCUCUGAUCUUUAACGAGACGUACCAGAACAUCAGCGAGACGGUGUACGGAGCCAAACUGCUGCCGCUCAACUUCAAGGAGAAACCCGGAGAAGCCCGUCACCAUCAACAACUGGAUCUCCAAAAGACGGAGAACCUGAUCCAGGACACGCUGCCAGCGGGGCUCUGGGACUCCAACCACGACCUGGUCCUCGUUAACACCAUCUACUUCAAGGGUCAGUGGAAAAAAGUCUCGAUCAAAGACAACGUGUACAACCUCAGACUUCAGGUCAAGCUUGAGAGUCGCACCUGCUCGGUCAACAUGAGUACCAGAGACCCGUUUCAGUACCGUACUUCCCCGACGACAAGGUGCAAGCUGCUGGAGAUGCCGUACCGCGGAGACGCACACCUUGGUAUCAUCCUGCCGCGGCAAAGACACCUAACGCUCAGCAAGGUGGAGGAGAGUCUGGACCUGAAGAAACUCACUGACUGGUUGGAUCAGAUGACAGAAACCACCGUCUCCGUCCACGUCCCUCGGUUCCGGGUGGAGGACAGUUUCAGUCUGAAGGAGAAGCUGCAGGCUAUGGGACUGACCGACCUGUUCAGCUCUGAGAAGGCCAGUCUGCCAGGGAUGUUGGAGGACGGCGGUGAUGGUCUCCACAUUUCAGACGCCUUCCAUAAAGCCUUCCUGGAGGUUAACGAGGAGGGCAGCGAGGCGGCGGCGGCCACCGCUGUGGUGGCGAUCGGACGCUCCAUCAACUUAAACCGGGAGGUUUUCCUGGCCGACAGACCGUUCCUGCUGCUCAUCAGAGAGUCCACCAUCAACACGCUGCUGUUCACCGCCCGAGUGGCCGACCCCUGCAACCCUUAACCCCAGUCCAAUCAUCCAAACAUUACCCAGAAUCCCACACUGAGACGCUGUAUGGAUUCAGUUCGUCCUCAUUCAGCGUCAGCAGCGUAACCUUUUCACCCUUCAGGCCGACCACGAAAGCUACUAUACACACACAUAAUACAGACCUUUAUAGCUAUAUAGCAGAAUCAAUAAUCAAUAAUAAAUACUUUAAUACAAUGGAACCGUCAAUGUGCAGCUCUCUUUCAGCCAUGCAUCCAUUACUUCUAGUGAAACUGCUCACACGCUCUCAGUAACAGUGACCGGCGUGCAGCUGCUGCAUUGUGAGUAACAAGUGAGUAAAGAAAGAGGCGAGUCGGUGGCGGUCGACACUUAAAGUGCUUUAUUUCCUCUGAAGGAGAUGCGACCUGUGAGUGAUCUAGUGGUCAUGGUGAAAGAAGCUUCUUCACAUUUUUCUGAACUAAUAAUCAACCUUUGGCCUCACCCCCCCACCCCCCCUCCACCAACAGAGACAUGCAACAGAAAAGAUCUUCACAUAAAACCUGUCCGGUUCUUUAACGACACGACUGAAGUACCUCCUCUUUAAAACAAACGUACAGUAUUAAAAGUUAAUUUACUAAACAUUUUUCCUUUGACUCAUUUUCUGCUUCGAUAUAUUAGGAUAUACUUUGAGGAAUCAACAGUAAAGAGUAAUCUCAUUAAGUGAAUAUAUCUAAAUGAUUUAUAAUUAGGCAUGUUGUGGUCAAGGUUACUGGAUAUUCAUAUACUAAACAUCUGAUUCACACAGUAAAAAGUAAAACAUGUUUCAGACUGAAGCUGAAUAAAAGAAACAAACGUUUGGCGUUAAAGCAAACUGAUUGGAGCCUCGACCGACCCCAUGAAGAGCAGACGGUGGUGAUAAAGACGAUGAUGAUGACGAUGAUGAUGAUGAGGAGGAGGAGGAGGAGGUUGGGCUGUUUUCACAGUUUGACUGAAGAUGAAACUAAAAUGAAGUGAAGAACCAUCGAAGAGGAAAAGUCGGAUUGUGAACGACCCCCGAGUCUCGCCGCCCAGCUGACGCUCGCCGCUUUCGUUCUUCCACGAAUACGAGUUUGAAUGUUUUUAACAAGAAACUGUGAAAAGUUUAAUUUCUACCAAAAACCACAAGCAGGUGGCGCUAACGUUCGACAGUCUGCUGCUUUAAUACAACACAAGAUCAAAUAAUUCAGAACAAUAUUUCAAAUAUAAAGUGACGGGCCGAAUUCAGACUGAUCUGAUCAUGUAACAAAAAAUAAAUAAAAGUCGAUCUUUGGUUCUAAAGUUUCAAUCGAGUUCAGACUCGGUUCACGAAGACUCUGAACGCAACUCUGAUCCGACUUUUCCUCCUUUUACAGAUUCCUCGAGCGCGAUUGGCUGUUCUGGAAGCAGCUUUUUAUCGACUUUAACUGGCUUGAAAUGAUAAAAGAUAAAACUACACUAACACGGAAACCCAAUUCUGCCAAUGUGGAAAAGAUCAGUCGACAUAAUGAGAAAGUUUCUCGUUAUUCUGAGAUUAUGACUUUCAGGAUCCUUUUUUUCCUCACAUUGGCAGAACUGGACUUCCAUAGACUUCAGCUCAGUGCAGAGGUUGAAGACAUACGGAGGACCCGGUUCAGAUAUCGUUAGUGGCCGAGGUUAACUUACAGUUUCUGUUGACCUCUGCUGCACUGAGUCCGUCUGUUCCCGGAGCUUCUGCAGAACCAACGUGUUCCUGUGGUCGGAGCUGGGCAAGUAUUUAAGUAAUAUGUUGGGGUAUUUUGUGCAACGAAAUUGUGGAAGAAAGUGAAAACUGUCCUUUUUAUUAUUAUCAUUAUUAAAAGUUAGCAGCAACUUGAUCCAGUCAGAAUAAAAUU